UCUCGUUCGCAUUUUUUCACAUCGCAACGGCCUCGAACUUGAACGCAUUCGGCAUGUAAAUAAUAAUAGUGCCACAAUUAGGUGAAAAAUCGAUAGUGCAACUUACGUGGAAAUGUCCUCAAUCGGGGUUCACGAACUUAUUGGCAGCCUAGUGCAGGCGUUGGGCCGGGAAUCGUCCCACCGCCCGUCAGAUUCCACGGCGAAAAGGUGCAAAUCGUUAGCAUUUGGGAUUCUGCUGAGGAAGCGUUCCGCCCCCAGUGCUGGAGCGCCGAACGAAAAUGAUGUGGCAUUGCAGCUCACGAUGGAGGAACCGAUGGAAAUGUUACACUGUCAUCUGUUUGAGAUGCAACUGAGGGCCCGCUACCAGUUCCAGAAACGCAAAUGUGAACAAUUUCAGCAGCUGUUGGAUCAGUUAGGGCAGCAGAAGGAAAACAAGCCUUUUGGUGCUGAGAAAGAAACAGAAAUUCUUCAAUUUUUGCUCCUACUACGGGAUUCUGUUCCUGAUGGAAAGGAUUUCGGCAAUUCUGAAUUCCGUGCCGGAGACUGGAUGCCAUCGAUGCACAUGGGACCAUAUCCCAUAUUUCACCGCGAAGAUUAUCAUGUGGAACCAGAAAAAUUGAAUUCCUACCUUCGGGAAAAGUCUUCCAAUCCGUACUGCUUUAAAAAGUCGGAAUUAGUUUUUUCCGAGAACGUUGCCAAUAUGCUAAAGAUCACAAACGGGGCCAAAAAGGAAAAGGGUCUUCCACCAAUAGAGAGUACUUACUUCAGUGAUCCUAUGGCAGAAUUACUUAGUUAUCAAGGUCCUUUUCGGUACAACAUGAUGAAGGACGUGGUUGAAGAGGAUGAGCAGCUUUUGACGAGCUUUGAAAUUAUUCCAGUAGAUUCAUCUGAGCCGAUUGUAUCCGUUAGCAGAAAGCGAGAACAGGUGUUUAAUUUCAACUGGGAAAAUCUGGGCAAUCGUUUUGUCCCAAUUGAGAAUAGUUUCGCUUCGGAAUGCAAUGCCACAUUACACCUAAAGGCGCUCGAGGCUAACCACUCGAGGGAAACUAUUGAUGUGAAAGUGGUUCGGAAUGAAGAUUUCUUAGGCGAUGUAACGCUACUGCUAAUUGGUAUUAGCUCGCGAUGCUUUCGCUAUGACGAUAGCAAUCGCUUUCUAAUGGUGGAUAAUUUCACGGUAGAUGGAGUUUCCUGUACGGCUAUGAAGGCUGUCGUCGAUCAGUUCGUAGAACUGGGUACCUGUUUUCGGCGGCUACAGAAAAUGACCAAGAAAAAUCCAUACAAUCAUGCAAUGCUUUUGGAAGGCUUUGUGUUUAAAGCUUUUUGCGAUAGCGUCGAACGGAUUUUGAGUUGUUUUCGGGUUGUGGCUUGUAGCUACGAGGGAAGUUCUUUGUUGCAACUUCAGCGUCAAAUACAACCCAUGCGGAAGCAGAUCCUAGCGCUGGUGAAAUUUUGUGGCAUUCACCCGGAGUACGAAAGCGACAAGGACUUUCCGAUUGGUUCCGUUUUCCUGGAUCAUUUAUAUAAGGAGAUCAUCCAUAUCACUUGUCCGGACGUUUCCUGUUUUUUGUUGCAUGUUUUAAAAAACUGCUGCUCGGCCUAUUUUCUACUUUUCCAGCAGUGGCUGUUUGCUGGCCAACUACGAGAUCCUAGCGGUGAACUGUUCAUUUAUUUUGUAAAUCAUUACCGACCGAAAACCAAACAUCACUUCGAUAAGGCUUUCCUUAUCCGACGGCCGUCGGUUCCUGGAUUUCUCAAAGGUUACGAAGAGGAUAUACUACUCUGUGGCAAAUAUACCAUGCUGCUGAAAGCUUUCAAACCAUCGCAUCCGAUUUUUUCGCUCAAAAUUCCCAAACUGGAAGUUUGUUUAUCGUACAGUGCAGUCGAACAGCUGAAAGUUCGCUGGUUGCAGUAUGUUUCGAAAGCACGUUCAAUCUGUGGACCCGCAGUUUCCGUUCAGCAACUGUACGAACACAAGGAACGCGUUCGGGAAGAGUUCCUCCGAGUGGUGGAGGAAAACUUUCGCCGCUGUAUGGCUCAGUGGCGGCUGGAUCAGGACAUUGAAGCCAAGGAACUGCGCCGUAAGAAGGAACGUCAGCGGGAAGAGUUGCUGGAUCAGCUGAAUGAGAUUCGCGAGAACAAGCUGGCAGCUCGCAGACAGGAUUUGGAACUGGACUUGCGAAUACAGCAGGAGAGUUUGGAGGUUGAAAAUCGACGCCUAUUGGCGGAGAAUUGGGAAAGGCAGAAGUCGGUCGAUGGCUACAAAGAGUUGAACAAGAUGAUGGAUGAAAAGCUUAAGCGGGCAGAGGGAGAAGUUGCACGAUUGAAGCUUGAAUUACCUGUUGGUGAGAGUGAACUUGCGGGGGAUAGUGAUUUCGAAUCAUGCGUCGGGGGAAGUACAACGGAAGACGAGGGUGCUUCCGUUUACGAGGACGCUCAGAAGAGCCCGUUGAGUGAUCGUCCUGCGGAGCUGUCGAAUGAAGAAGACGAAGAGGACAAAACGAUUGUGGAGAGCGAUGCGAUGAAUUGCAACGACGUUGUUAGUGAAUUCGAGAAAAACAGACAAAAGGUGCUAGGAUCAAAUUUGGGGGAUUAUUUGAAUGAGGAUCACCAGAAUGCUAACAUCGAGGCAAUCAAGGAAACUGCUUCCGCAGGCAUUAGGCAGCUGACGGAUGCGCAACGUAACAAAAUGAAAGUGCUUUCGCAGGAAUUUGGUGUGGCAAUCGAUUCAUUGGGUAAAACCGAUAUAAACAGCAACCAAAUGGAGGAGCGUCAUCGUAAUCGUCAGAAGAUACUGAUCAGUGAUUUCACGGCCGAUCGAGACGAAACAACAUUGGAGGUUGUCGUUAAACCAGGAACUCGGGAACUCACGGAGCUACAGCGAAACCGUGCAAAAAUUAUGAGCCAAGAAUACAACGUUAUUGUAGAUGAUCACGAUCAUGACGCAAAACACGCUCGUAAACCGUAUAUGUAUCUGAACCUGGACUCAGACCGUGCCAGAAACCGCCGGCGGAUUCUGGAGAGUGAGUAUGACAUCACAACGGGGAUGCAAAAUUUUGUGGAUACUCCAAUGUCAGUAGAUAGUGACACAGUCAGUGAGGAUAUUCAACUUCCGGUGAUUGCGGUCAAUGGAAUUCCUCAGGAUAUCAAUGCUAAUCCUGUAGAAGUAGGUGAAGUAGCAGGAAAGUUGAAACUUAAUACAAUUGUCGCACUGGAAAAGUUUAACGAGCAUCGGUUCGGGGUCCCGGAUACGGCGCUACUGGACCAGGAGACUCCAGAAAGUGCUCUAAAUACUGCUGGACGGCAUGCAAAAGAUGGCUUCGAGUUUCCGGAUGUUAGAAAGAGUUGUUCCAUGUUAGAUAUUGAUUCUGAGAGAGGUGAGCAGUAUGAAGACGACGAAACCUACAAGGAGUUUAUGGCCGCUCUCAAAAAGCGUGAUUUAAAUCUUUGCGGGUUGGCUAGCUUGAACAACGAGGUUGGAAGUCUUUCGGAACUUCGUCAACUGGACAGCGAAUUACGAAGUGUGGAUGUCCUCACCGUAACCCGCUUUCUGCAAAGCUCCCUUGUGAUUCCGUUGAAGGCUCACAUGCAGAUUGUCAACAGUGAAAUCAUGAAAAUGUGCUUGAAAGAUCUGGAUAUCCUGGGACACUUUGAAAGUCUGCGCAAUUAUUUCCUACUGAUGGACGGAGAGUUUUCCUGUCACAUCUGCGAUAAUCUGUUCCUUCUGCUCGAAGAAGUUCACAGCCCAGAUGAACUGUUGAAUUACCAAACGUUGCACACAAUUCUGGACUCUGCUCUCUGUUCUAGCGCUGCUGGUGCCGACAAAAAUGCCGAUCGUCUCUCUUUCAAUGUGGAGCAAAUUCCCGAACGAUUCGAUCUGUUCCAUCCAAACGCAAUCAGUAUGUUGAAUCUCAGCUAUCGCGUGGAAUGGCCUCUAAAUCUCAUUCUCAACCCAGAGACAAUCGAGCAAUAUACCAACGUUUUCAAAUAUUUGGUCAAAGUACGACGUGUUAGCUUUGUCCUAGGCAAAGCAUUCCAGCUGCUGAAAGAAACCAACAAACAGUUUGGCAAACGAGUGCUCAGCUCGCCACAGUACAGUCGUGUCCAACUGAUCUCGCACAAACUUUCCCACCUGGUCAACGCACUGAAAAACUACAUCACUAGCAGCGCCCUGCAGGCAUCCUGGGAAGCGUUUCGUAAAGACCUUGAAUCGGCCGAAUCCAUGGAAGAUCUCUACCGAAAGCACACCAAUUACGUCAAACGGAUUUUAUUUCUCUGUUUGCUGAAAAAAGAAAGUGUCGAGUUUUACAACAACAUGGAGGACAUUUUCCGGGUGGUCUUACGUUUCUAUAAGCAUUUGAAAUCGAAAGUCUGGCGACCGCAGGACAAACUCAGUCCCACUUCACCGCUAAUACACCCAAAGUACGCGCAAAUCCUAACGGACGAAAGUGAAUUCGAGCAACUGAUCAAGUACACAAUUUACCUGGGCAACAAGAUGUACGACCGCGGCUAUCAGAAGGAGAUUUACGAGUUUAUUAAUGUUAUCAACAUUAACGGUUACUACAGCAGUGCCGCUGCAGGCGGAGAAGUGGCAUAAUCCGCACCACUUCGCGACCAGUUCCUUAUCUAGAUCUUAUUGUGUGAGCUUCCUGCCGACUGUAGAGGGAGCCCCGUCUUCCUAAUUGCUGUUAUUUUAUAUUCUCGUAGGGAAAAUUACAGCUCUUGCAGCUCUCUGUUUAGAUAAGAUAGUGCACUAUUCCCGUCGAUAUCGUUGGAUCCGGAUGAUUAUGUUAAGUAUAUACAUUUAAUGGCUAUUAAGUCUCCUUGGCUUUAACCACUCGGAUUUUGUUUUCCAUUAUGUGAACGCUUGAGAAAGUUCACUCCUUAUAAGUAAUUAGACACAAUUUGCCCACCGUGGUACUGCUGACCGGAGUUAAUAAAAUGUAUUCGAAAUAUCCGAAAUGUCUCCGUGUAGGAGCUGCAUGUUCAUUGUUAUAAUAUACUCUCUUCGUGCAAA